AUGCGUCGUCGUCGUCCUUCUUUUCCUUCUUCUACAUCUUUACCAAACACAACUACUACAACUGAAAUUACUUCUUCGACGAUUCCGUCUUCACCUGUUUCUCCGAUACCAACCAACAUGAGUUCGAUAUCAUCUAUACCACAACAACGCGAGUUUCAUCACCACUUAUACCAUCAUCAGCAACAGCAACAAACACAGUAUACUCCUACCGGUAUAAGUGCUGCUCUUACCAGCGAUACCAGUAGCAGUACUGUCAGUCUUCCCACCUCUUCUUCUUUAACAAACAGCAACAAAACCGUCCUACCACCCAUAUCCGCUUUUCCAAACCUUUUACCCAAACUAAAUCAACAUCAUCGUCACCAAUCCUCUUCUAAUAGUAUUGUAGCAGAGGCAGCGGGAGGAAGUUGUGCAGCAUCAUCAUUGUCUUCAUCAUGGCCUACUACUACUGCCAACGAAAACCAUCAUCAUCAACAUCAUCACACCUCCGACGCCAUUCUCGAAGAAAAGCGACGACGCAAUGCAGGAGCCUCGAGUCGAUUCCGAGAACGACGAAAGCAACGAGAGAAAGAACUUCAAGAACGUGUAGUUAUAUUAGAGCAACGCGUAAAACAACUACAAACAGCGUUACGGCACUAUCAUCCAAACCAUCCAUUGAUUGAACCGUCGUCGCCAUCGUCUUCACCACAACAAGAUUUGAAUGAUCGUGUAUCACAGUUGGAAUCGUUGAUGACGCGCUUUCGAGAAGAAAAGGAGUCGGAUACUCAGAAAUUGGACGUGUUAGAGAAGGAAAACACGUAUCUUAGAUCGUUAUUACAACCAACAGCAUCAGCAGCAGUGGUGGUGACGCAAGAACAAGCUCCUGCUACUAGUAUUAGUACUACUGCUAUUCCUUCAUCAUUUUCAUCACAUCCACCGUCAUAG